CUUUAAAGUGCACUGUGUACGAGCACCGGCCACAGUACCCUAAAGAAGCCUCAUGCCAAUGCAAUCCCGUGAUUGCAGGCAAGAUGCUUCAUUUGUGGGGUUUUGUGAGGCUUUGAGCGCACUGCACAGCGCCUCUACACUCUUAUUGGUCAUUCUCCGGAGUCCUUCAUAUCUUUCUGUGGAUUGGCACCACAGUAGGAAAUGUGCGGUGCUUUCCCCAGGCAGCGACAUCACUUCUGGUUUCACUUUCUGUGCCAGCAUGGAAAUCGGCUCCCUGAUCGUGAAUGAAGGAAGCAUUGAGCAAGUGUGCUCAUACACUAAUCGCUGCAGAAAAAAAGGUGAUCCGGAAUGGAGAGUUUUCAUCUUAAAAACAUCCUUGUUCUAUCAUUUGGAAUUUUACUUUUAUACACUGCUUAUAUGGGACUUCAAACUCUUCAGAGCAGCCUCAACAGGAUUAAUGGACUUGGUGUUGCAUCACUUAGUGUGAUGUAUGUGUCCCUUAGUCUCUCUUCAUUAUUUCUGCCUCCUUUGCUCAUUAAGAAAAUCGGUUGCAAGUGGACCAUCGUGGCUUCUAUGUUUUGUUUCAUUUCCUACAGCCUUUGCAACUUCUAUCCGAGCUGGCCUACGUUGAUUAUUUCCUCUGUAUUAGUUGGAUUAGGAGGAGGACCUCUCUGGGCUAGUAAAAGCACUUACAUUACAAUAAUCGGAAACAAAUAUGCAGAGACUUGUGGGAAAUUGGCAAAAGAUGUUGUGAACCAAUAUUUUGGAAUAUUUUUCCUUAUUUGUCAAACUUGUCGUGUUUGGGGAAACCUUAUUUCUUCUUUGGUGUUUCACUUAACACCAAAUGCAGGAUUUGAUGCUCCAAAUCAAACAAUUUGUGGAGCAGGAGACUGCCCAGCUGAGUUGACACAAUCUGGUAAUAAUACAGCUGGUCGCCCAUCCAACACUGUCAUUUAUAUUCUUCUAGGCUCAUAUACUGCUUGUGGUGUUCUAGCCGUAUUACUGAUCAUCAUAUUUAUGGAUGAGAUACAAGCAGAGAAAGCUCAACAGGAAGAUAAUACUUGUUCCACGCUUCUUGCAGCAUUUAAGCAUCUCCGUGAUAAACGUCAAUGCCUUUUGAUUCCACUCACUAUGUUUAGUGGCUUUGAGCAAGGAUUUAUUGCUAGCGAUUUUACAAAGUCAUAUGUGACCUGUAUUUUGGGACUAAAAUAUGUGGGCUUUGUCAUUAUCUGUUUUGGUGUCACCAACUCAAUUUGUGCAGUCAUCUUUGGAAAAGUUGCUCAAUAUACUGGAAGGGUUCCAUUAUUUCUUCUUGGAGCAGCUAUAAACAUAGGCUGUAUUAUCGGCUUCUUGAUAUGGAAACCAACAACGGGCAACUUUGCAGUAUUUUUUGUGAUGUCUGGUCUAUGGGGGAUUGCAGAUGCAGUGUGGCAAACACUAUUGAGCUCUUUAUACGGCGUAUUGUUUGAAAAGAAUAAAGAAGCUGCCUUUGCCAAUUUUUCACUUUGGGAAUCUCUUGGAUUUGCAAUUGCCUUUGGAUACAGCUCAUUUUUAUGUGUCUACAUCAAACUCUAUAUAUUGAUGUGUGUGGUGGUGGUGGGAAUUUUACUAUAUGGAGCUGUGGAAUAUAUAGAACAUGGGAAUGCUGUUUCAGGAGCUCAAGAAAGUCCAAAAGACUAAACUGAUACUAUAAGCAGUCAAUGUAAGUAAGUAAAUCUACCAUUUGUUGGUGUGUUUUUAUAAGCUUUGUUUUAAUUGCCCAGGUUUGUCCUGGGCAAUUAAAACAAAGCUUAUAAAAACACAAAUGCACAGAGGAUAGAUUGAGUGAAAGCAGUAUGUCAAAACUUUCAGUAGAUCUGGACAUAAAGGGAACAUGAAAUUCUUGCAAAUGUAUUGUAUUAAAAUAGAUUUGUGUAACAUAUUUGACAAACAUUGGUCUAUAUGGACAAAAAGUGACACCAUGUAAAGUAAAGUCUCUUU